CGGUACCAGCGAUGAGGCACGGCGCAGUAGCUCUUGUGACUUUAUUUGCGGCCACAUCAUGUAUAAUUGGAAAUGCUUUUUAUCAGAAAAAGCAAUUCUUUCCUGCCGUAAUAUAUCUAGCAAAGUAUCGACCAUUUUUCGCGGUAUGUUCGGUAUAUAUCCUCGAAAAUUUCAGGUGAUACUGGCCCAGUGCCUUACGUUCCUCGUGAUGAUUGCCAAAUUCGUCUGCUGGAUAUUUUUUGGCACACUCCAGCGUUCCGAGGUUGACAACAUACUUUCACGAGCGUGGUACACGUUUUUCGACAUGUGUCUUGUGUUUGCGUUUUUCCAGGAUGAGCUUAACACAAAGUUUAUGUUUUUAUUCACAAUAAUUUUGUUCGUGAAAACGUUCCACUGGCUUCUUGAGGAACGGAUCGAAAACUAUUAUAUCCUACUAUUUGGGCUCCUUUCCACAAUCGUUCGCUACAAAGCAAUGUACAUGCUUUAUGCUGAUAUUGCUGUUGGACUAUUCCGGUUGAGCUUCUACUUAGAAUUCGCGCCAAUUUUGUGGUCGCAUCACCCCUUCCCACUCUUCAUGGUCAGACCAAUUUAUUUGAACUUCCGUUUCCUACGGAAAACCGUCAGAGUGAGUUUAUCAAGCAUUUUAGUUAUUUUCUCCAAAAAAUUAUUCUUUUCUACGAACACCUCUAAAUUUCAGUAA